AUGGAUUCUCCAAUACUCGAUCCGGAGAAUGAGUCGAGAACGGCGAUGGACAAACUCGAGUCACAUUCUCGUCCCAACACUCGCGACUCCAUAUCUAGUUUUAUCGCUACUCCUGCUCGACCCCUUAACACCAGCAAGAAAAAUAUCACUUCAAUACCCGCAAACUUGCUCCCUUCAGCUCCUGCAUCUCCACCGACUCCCGCACCGAGUCCCACUCCGCAUCAGCGUCCACCGAACUGGACCGCCACCGAAGAGGAGGACUGCAUAUUUUUGAUGAAUCUCCGACUUCACUUUGGCGAACUGUCAAAUUCACGAAAACAAAAACUUCUAGAGGGCCUCUUGGACGUAUGCAAUAGCCAACAACUCAGCUUUGUCUCCAGUUACGUCGGCCCUCGGUUGCGAAAGGAUCCAUUUCGGGCCUUGCCGAUUGAACUUAGUUUGAGGGUUCUGUCUUUCGUUGACGAUCCCAAGACGUUAGCCCGAGCAUCGCAAGUCUCAUGGCGGUGGCGAACACUACUAUCAGAUGACAUAACAUGGAAGAACCUUUGUGAGAAACAUGCAUACGCCGUACAGUGCAUGCCGGAGGAGGAUUAUAUGGACCCGAUGACCCCUCCGCCUGUAGAGCCAGCUGUGGAUAUGCAUGCUGCAAAUGUGCGCCAUAAACGCUCGGCUAUAGCUGCUGAAUCUUCCAUCGCAUCUCCUCCUGGGCUGCCCCGCACUCUUUCCGGCGAGUGGCUUCACUUUCCCUCAAGGAGUCGCCGCUCUCAGCCUUUUUCAUAUCGAUCACAAUUUAAGCAGAAAUUCAUGGUUGAAUCCGCUUGGAACAAAGGAGGCCGUUGUACACAACGUCAUAUAAAUCCUGAUCAAGGCGUUGUUACCAGUCUGCACCUUACCUCAAAAUAUAUUGUUGUCGCUCUGGACAAUGCCAAGAUCCAUGUCUAUGACACCAACGGUGAUAACCAGAAAACACUCCAAGGGCACGUGAUGGGCGUAUGGGCCAUGGUACCAUGGGACGACAUAUUGGUCAGCGGAGGAUGCGAUAGAGAGGUGCGGGUAUGGAAUAUGGCGACUGGAGCAAAUAUUCAUUUACUUCGUGGUCACACGUCCACAGUCCGGUGCUUGAAAAUGUCUGAUCGAAACACGGCCAUUUCCGGGUCAAGAGACACCACACUCCGGAUAUGGGAUCUGGCUACGGGAACUUGUCGUAACGUUCUUGUUGGGCACCAGGCCAGUGUUAGGUGUCUUGCGAUCCACGGAGAUUUAGUAGUUUCAGGUAGUUACGAUACAACGGCCCGGAUAUGGAGUAUUUCCCAAGGCCGAUGUGUGCGCACACUCUCCGGCCAUUUCAGUCAGAUCUAUGCGAUCGCUUUCGAUGGGCGACGAGUUGCGACAGGCAGCUUGGAUACCAGCGUCCGAAUCUGGGACCCGAAAACCGGACAGUGCCACGCCAUCUUGCAAGGACACACCUCCUUGGUUGGCCAAUUACAGAUGCGUGGUGAUACUCUGGUAACUGGUGGCUCGGAUGGCUCUGUCCGUGUGUGGUCACUAACGGAGAAUGUGGCUAUACAUCGAUUGGCAGCGCAUGAUAACAGCGUUACCAGUCUUCAGUUCGACGAUACCCGCGUUGUCAGUGGUGGCAGUGAUGGCCGUGUCAAGGUAUGGAACCUGAAGACCGGUCAAUUGCUACGUGAACUUUCAGCGCCAGCCGAGGCUGUAUGGCGGGUUGCUUUCGAGGAUGAGAAGGCUGUUAUCAUGGCCAAUCGAUCUGGUCGUACAGUCAUGGAGGUCUGGUCCUUCGCCCCUCCCCCUGAUGAAUUCAACUUCGACCGCGGCGCUGCCAUCGAAAGUGUCUCUAGUACCCCCGGUAUCGGUUCCCUCGACGACCUCGAGGCGACAACCAAUACUCAACGCCGAGCUCUCUAUUCAGCUCCACCAACUAUCACUCACGAUGCUGAUCAGCAAAUGACAGACGUGCCAUCUUGA